UAAUUCAAACUUAUUGUCCAAUACUUUAACAGUAAUGAUGUGUUCUGUUUCAUUAGUUCAAUCUCAAUGCUCGUAAAUUUUAUCAAUUUGCUAUACUGACCCGUAAUGACCUAUCAUGACACUUAAUAUUAUUUAGUAUAAAUUUGCACAGAUUUUCUUCCAGUAUUAUUCGUUGGUUAAUCGUUGUUGUGAAGGGAGCUAAAAUAUUACAGUGAAUAAUUUGUGUGUGAAUUUAAAAAAAAAAAAAUCGAAUAAUUCACAAUGCAUCAAUUGAUUAAGCUUGGUUACGUGUUAAGGAUUAAACACAGAAUUGAUAAAUUGCAAUAUUUGAAACAACUGAGUCGGUCUUUGGCAACGAUACCGGAACUAUUUCCCAAUAAAACUGAUUUCCCAACACGUCAUAUUGGUCCACGAAAAACCGAUGUCGUAAUGAUGCUGGAGCUAUUGGGCUUGAAGUCGCUGGAUGAAUUGUCAGAAAAAGCCGUUCCACGAGAGAUUCAACUCAAUCGCCCAUUAAUAAUAGAGGAUCCUCUCAAUGAACAUGAGUUGAUUGAUAGGAUACGAAGCAUAGCCAAAACUAAUGAAAUCUGGCGUUCAUAUAUCGGAUUGGGUUAUCAUAAUUGCUAUGUUCCUCAUACAAUACAACGGAAUAUCUUUGAAAAUCCUGGCUGGACCACACAGUAUACACCAUAUCAACCAGAAGUAGCCCAAGGGCGUUUGGAAUCACUGCUAAACUAUCAGACUAUGGUAUCGGAUCUAACUGGACUCGAAGUUGCUAAUGCUUCUCUGUUGGAUGAAGGCACAGCUGCUGCAGAGGCUAUGAGUCUGUGUCUGAGGCACAAUAAAAGGAUGAAAAUUUACCUCUCCGAACGGCUUCAUCCACAAACCAUUUCUGUUGUCAAAACACGAGCUUCGGCAUUUGAUCAAGAAGUCAUUGUGGGACCUUUAAGUGAACUUGAUCUAACUAAGAGAGACAUCUCAGGUGUGCUCCUUCAAUAUCCAGACACUUAUGGAGAUGUCCAAGACUUUGCUAAACUUUCUGCAAGUGCGAAAGCCAACGGGACACUAGUUGUUGUUGCAACAGAUCUAUUAGCGUUGACGUUGUUACGACCACCGGCAGAAUUUGGAGCUGAUAUAGCAGUUGGUACUUCUCAACGGCUAGGGGUUCCCCUGGGUUACGGUGGCCCACAUGCUGGAUUCUUCGCUUGCAAGCAAACUCUAGUUCGCCUAAUGCCUGGGCGUAUGAUUGGUGUUACACGCGAUAUGGAUGGUCAUGAUGCUUAUCGGCUGGCCCUCCAAACCAGAGAACAACAUAUCCGUAGGGACAAAGCUACCAGCAACAUAUGCACAGCUCAAGCUCUAUUAGCCAAUAUGUCAGCCAUGUACGCAAUUUAUCACGGUCCAGAAGGUCUCAAAGAAAUAGCUAAUAAAAUCCAUAAUGGCGCAAUUACAUUAUAUGAAGGUAUUUUGGCGGCAGGACACAAGAUCACAAAUAGCGUGUUCUUUGAUACCCUUCAUGUAGUGCCAAAUUUUAGUGCAGAUGAAAUUAAAUCACGCGCUGAAAGUAAAAAAAUAAAUCUGCGCUAUUUUGAUGAUGGAUCUGUUGGAAUUUCUGUCGAUGAAACCAUAAAAACAGAAGAUCUCGAAGAUCUACUUUGGAUAUUCAAAGGACAAUCGGUGGCGGAAGUUGUAGCUAAACCAAAUAUCUUUGAGAAUUCCAUUCACAAUUCUCCAUUCAAAAGAACAUCACCAUUUCUCAUGCAUCCCGUAUUCAAUAAACAUCACAGUGAAUCAAGAAUGGUACGCUAUAUGAAGCAAUUAGAAAACAAGGAUAUAUCCCUAGUUCAUUCUAUGAUACCACUGGGAUCAUGCACAAUGAAAUUAAACUCUACUACGGAAAUGAUUCCAUGCUCCUUCAGGCAUUUCACGGAAAUACAUCCAUUUGCUCCUGUUGAACAAGCAAAGGGCUAUCAUAAGAUGUUUGAGGAACUAGAGAAGGAUCUCUGUGAAAUUACAGGGUACGAUAGAAUAUCUUUUCAGCCCAAUUCAGGUGCUCAAGGAGAAUAUGCCGGGCUUCGUGCUAUUAGAAGCUAUCAUGAAUCACGGGGAGAUCAUCAUCGCAAUAUUUGUCUCAUUCCCAUUAGUGCUCAUGGUACAAAUCCAGCAUCUGCCCAAAUGGCUGGUAUGAAAGUACAAGCUAUUCGCGUCUGCAACGACGGAAGUAUCGAUUUGGUUCAUCUUAAAGAAAAGCUUCAACAACACAGCGAUAAUCUAUCUUGUCUAAUGAUCACAUAUCCCAGCACCAAUGGAGUUUUUGAAGAAACAGUUUAUGAUAUCUGCCGUUUGGUGCAUAAUUAUGGAGGACAAGUGUACUUAGAUGGGGCCAAUAUGAAUGCACAAGUAGGACUAUGUCGGCCAGGAGAUUACGGAAGUGAUGUAUCUCAUUUGAAUUUACAUAAAACUUUCUGUAUUCCUCAUGGUGGAGGUGGCCCAGGCAUGGGACCAAUUGGUGUAAAAAUUCAUCUAGCACCAUUCCUUCCCAGUCACCCCAUUAUUGAUCCUCUUGGCUUCUUGGGGACGGACAAUCAGAGUUUUGGGACAGUAAGUGCAGCACCCUAUGGCAGUUCUGCAAUUCUGCCAAUUUCCUGGUCUUAUAUUAAACUUAUGGGGGGCAAAGGACUCAAGAGAGCUACACAAGUUGCCAUACUUAAUGCAAAUUACAUGUCAAAGCGACUUGAAAAACAUUACAAGACACUGUAUAAAGAUCCUAAAAGUCAACUGGUUGCUCAUGAAUUCAUUCUUGAUAUUCGUGAUUUGAAAAAAACUGCUGAUAUUGAGGCUGUUGAUAUUGCUAAGCGUCUUAUGGACUAUGGUUUUCAUGCGCCAACAAUGUCUUGGCCAGUGGCAGGAACUUUGAUGAUUGAGCCAACAGAGUCAGAAGAUAAGGAAGAACUUGAUCGCUUCUGUGAGGCAUUGAUUGGCAUAAGAAGAGAAAUUCAGGAAAUUGAAGAGGGACGAAUGGAUAGAAGAAACAAUCCUUUAAAACUUGCACCUCAUACCCAACGUCAAGUCAUUUCGAGUGAUUGGAAUCGUACUUAUUCACGGGAACAAGCUGCAUUCCCAAUUCCUCUCGUUAAACCAGACAAUAAAAUUUGGCCAACAGUGGGAAGAAUUGAUGAUGCUUACGGAGAUAAGCAUUUAGUAUGCACAUGUCCACCAAUGCUACCUGACUACUAAUGGUCAAUUAAACAUAAUUAAUAUUCAAAGUAAUGUAAUUGUAUAUUAAAUCUUUACAAAAAUAUCUAAUAAAUUUCCGGCUAUCAAACACCAUAAUUUACUAAUAGUAAA